AUGACGCUCAAGUUUAGUGGAACUUACAAUGUUGAGGCUGCAGAGCAGGUUGAUAGAUCGGUUUACCAGAAUUCCAUCACAUGUAAUAUUUGGCUGCUGGAUUCUACAGCUGUCGCAUUUAGAGUUGAUAAACGAUGCAUUGGUCAAGCACUUCUGGAUUUGACAUUUGAUUAUCUUGAGCUACUUGAACGGGAUUUCUUCGGACUUGUAUUUACAAUUUUUGAGUCAGAGGAAGGAAACUUAAUUAAAUGGUUGGAUCCGACAAGAAGGAUAAAGAAACAAUGUAAAGGUAAGAAAUUCAUCACUUACCAAACAAAUCACUCGUUACUUCGACGUUUUUCGGUGAAAAGUUUUUAA